UGACAAAUCAUAAAGAGAUAUCGCCGCCGAAGGAAGACGAGGGCGUUAAAAUUAACUUUAUCACCCGCGAGGGGGAUAAAAUAUCAAUAAUGGCUAAUGAAGGAGAUAGCAUUAUGGAUAUCACGCAGGCACAUGACAUUGAUCUCGAAUGCGCAUGCGAAGGAUCACUGGCGUGUUCCACUUGUCAUGUUAUAGUUGAACCCGAAUAUUACGCGAAACUAGAAGAGCCGACGGACGAAGAGAAUGAUAUGUUGGAUUUGGCGUUUGGACUGACCGAGACCUCGCGAUUAGGAUGUCAGAUUGUUAUGAGGAAAGACUUGGAUGGAAUAACGGUCACAAUACCUGCUGCUACGAGGAAUGUUCAAUUGAAAG